CCCUCACACCAGACCAUCAUCACCACCAAGAGCAGGUGGUGAGGCUUUCGUCCUCCUCCUCCCAUCCAGGUCAGCUGCAGCCUCAGCUCAGAGACUCCUGAUCUCCUGGCACGAUGGUUCGCUACCGAAUGAGGAGCCCCAGUGAGCGUCCACACCAGGGGCCUGGGCAAGAACAUGGACGAGAAGAGGAACAGGGGCAAGAGCUCAGCCCCGAGCGCGUGGAUGACUACGGGCGCACACACAGGGGUCACCACCACCACAGACACCGGCGCUGCUCGCGGAGGAGGCUGUACCGGAUCCACAGGAGGCGCCGGUCAUGCCGGAGGCGAAGGAGACGCUCCUGCCGCCACAGAAGGCGGCAUCGCAGAGGCUGCAGAAGAUCCCGAAGGAGGAGGAGAUGCAGGUGCAGGAGGUGUAGGAGGCGCCACUAAGCCUCCCCAGGCCCAUCCAUCCUGCCUGGAGCCAAGGAAGUCACCUGCCCAACGAAUAGUCACCUGCCCAAACAACGUCACGCGAGGCCACACCACCAUUCCACGUUGAUGUCUGAGCCCUGAGCUGCCAAGGAGCCACGAGAUCUGAGUAAUGAGCAAAGCCACCUGCCAAAUAAAGCUUGACACGAGA